UUUCGACGCUUUCACGUCAACCCGGACCGUUUAGUUGUGUACACAGGAAGUAAACUCAAGUCAUCCAAGCAGGUUGUAAUUCGCUAGUUUAAGAAGUGUUUGGGGUAGAAUACAGUUUCUUUUUAGAAUCCUAGUCAACCUUUAAUCCAUCAUGCUGAUCAAAGUGAAGACUCUCACUGGAAAAGAAAUCGAGAUCGACAUCGAGCCCACAGACAAGGUGGAGCGGAUUAAAGAAAGGGUGGAGGAGAAGGAGGGGAUCCCACCACAGCAACAGAGACUCAUCUACAGUGGAAAACAGAUGAACGAUGAGAAGACAGCUGCAGACUACAAGAUCCAGGGAGGCUCAGUGCUCCAUCUCGUGUUGGCGCUAAGAGGUGGAUCCAUGCUCCAAAGGCCCUGCACACUCCCGACCUCCUCGUCCUGAUUCACUGUUGCGACGGGGGCCGGCCGAGUGCCAACGCUUAAGGUGUCUGUCACAGUCCAACCAUGUUACAGCACAGAGACGCGACAUCCCACGCUCCUGGGCCGACGCAAAACACAAUAACCCACCGACAACAUCCACCAACAAGAAAGAUUAAAGGACGUUCUGAUUCCUAUGUAGAUGUUUUUUUUUGUAAACCCACAUUGGCUUUCUGAGUUUGACCCGUUGAUGAAGGCAUCCAUGCAGUACAAAAAGACAGUUUGAGAACACUGUGGUCUUUUUUUGCUUGUGAAUAAAUGCUGAAGUUGA